CACAACUAAAGAAUGUCUUCUCCUGAAAGCAGUGCUCUGACUCUGAUGUCCAAGUGCAAUGACGUGGAGCCACGGUACGUUCCGUUGCUCCAGGUGCCAGAAUUGCACGAGAUGGAAGGAGGUGGAGCCCGCUUUCAGGAGAGAAGACUAUGGGGUGGAAGUUGACCUCUCUAUGCCCAUUUCUAGGACCUCUACUUCAAGGGGGAAGCCCUAGAUAUGCGAGCUAGGGAGGUCAACUUCCAACCGCUAAGAAGAAGAACUUUCUCAGGAACGAGAGUUUUGCCUGCGCCUGACGAAGAAAGCCGAGCAAGGAUUGUGAGCUCCUGGACAACUCCUGAGGCUGAGAGGACCACUAAAAGAAGUGAUGAAUAUCCUGCUACUUUUGCCCGUAGUUGUACUAGGACGUUUUACGACAACCACGACAGCAUUGCAGCGAUGCUCUUCCGAUGGGAGCGGGGAAGGACGUCGUUUGGGGCAAGCAGGAAAAGGCCAGAGGAGCAAGAAAUUAUAGGAACUACGAGUACGACGAGGAGCGACGAGGUAGGGUCUGUUGUUCAAGGAGAGGUCGAUGAUGGUCCG